ACAUAUACACACUGAUUUUCAUUAUAAUCCAUUAAUAAACAAAAAAGUCGAUUUUAGAACCAGUGUCUUGCCUUAAUUCUGGAGAGGAUUGCAAGGAGAGUCCGGGGAGCAAACAAUGUCUCAAGUAGGAACGCUGUCAGUGUUUUGGCGAAGGACAACUGCCGGGGACAACGGAACUGUACAGACACAUUCAUCCGACUGCAGUCACACGGUCCAGUUGUUUCUACGUCGGGGGAAUAGCAGAGCUGCCAAAACAAUGGCGGCACGUGACUGGACAUGCGCAGGAAAUACGAGGGUGAUUAAAAAAUUAUUCGCUCUCCGGUUAUCUUAAAACUUCAUUGGCUGCAUUGUCUUAACACUGCAAUGUGUGCGAGGCCACUGUCCCUCCAGUCAUUGCUGUGAAGGUAUGAACAUCUCACAUCUGUUCAGUUGGGAGUGCAGGUGUGGGAAACAAUGGCUGCACUACUUGUGAUUUGCACGAAAGAGCAGCAUGUCGUGAUUUGUUUUGUGGUCAGAGAAUGUGUCCGGUGCCAAUGUUUUGUGCACAGUAUGGAGGAAGCUUUUUGUCGCAAAGAAGCAUGUUUGAGUGAAUGCAGGAGUUCAAGGAAGGACACACGGGUGGGGGCCAUGAAAAAAGGAGCCUGACGCCCGUCCGCAUCACGACUGAUGACAGCAUUGAGCCGGUGCCUGACCUGGCAGCUUUUGAAGGCGAGUGGGAGAGCACAGUCUGCGAGGGCACGAGAAGCAUUGCCUGCCAGGUAUCUGGGUUUGAGUGGCGGCAGCAGGAGGUGCACUCCGGAAGGGGGACAGACGGUGGUGCCACCUCUGUCGUUGCUCCAACUGCUGCAGAAACGCCUCCAGAUGGGGCCACUACGGACCCAAUCAUCAAAGAAGAAGCACCUGGCUACGAAGACGGCGAGAGCAACGCCCCUCCUCAAGUAGACGCGGACGUGCCGGCCGUUCAAUGGUCCAGGAGACCUGGACAACUGACCACUCACCGGUGCAGUUUGUGCCCUUACUCCAGCCGUUACACGACGGCCCUCGCAUGUCACGAGAGAACGCACACCGGAAAGAAGCCCUUCAGCUGCCACUAUUGCAAAAAGUUGUUCAAGCAGGUUAACCACCUGCGCGUUCACGAGAGGAUUCACACCGGCGAAAAGCCAUUCAGGUGCGAGACCUGUCAGCAGUCGUUUACACAGAGCACUCACUUGUUGCAUCAUCAAAGAAUGCACACAGACGAAAGGCCGUUCGUGUGCAGCGAGUGUGGGAGUGCGUUCAGAUGGAAGGAUAACCUGCGGGUUCACAGGAGGACACACACGGGAGAGCGGCCGUACACGUGCGAGACCUGCGGACGAGGUUACGCCGAUAGACGCAGCUUGAUUGGACAUCGGAAGAGGUGGCACAAAUGAGGGACGCCUGACCCGUGACACCUGAUGUCACUGGAUGCUGGGAAAAUUGUGGCAAGCGCCCCAUGUGGUCGCCAUUUUGGUUCGUUGAAGGAGCAGCCUCCCCACUCUUAAUGAGCCAAUCCUAAUUCGCAGCGACAGGUCUUUUUAUAACAGCAUUUCUUGAAUACCGAGAUUUUGUCAUCACGUACCGUCGAAACAAGUGCAUGUCUGCACUACACUGCAUGCGGCGUCGGUGCUUGGCAGCAUGAAAAACAAUUUUCCUGUCUCUAAAUAUGCAAGAACACUAUCAUUGUGAAAGAUCUGUGGAGGUAGGCAGGAUUGAUAAGUGGAUUGUAUGCACAGUGCCAGACGCUUUUAUAUUAAUGAGGAACACUUUCAGUGCAAAGUUGGUGCAUAGUCUACCAUUGUGUGACUGCUUCAGAACCCUUUCACAUAUUUGGAUGGACCGAAGUGACGAUUGCCAUGGCAACUGAGUCCGAGCAGCCAAUUACCCUUUGAGGUUUGGUCGUUUGUACAUCAGUGUCAGUUUGUGUCCGGCUAGCGGGUAAGGAAGGCAAUGGGGCUGCUUUCCCAGGAUACAGUGACCUUAGUGACACCCAUGGAAAAAGUUCCAACAGAGUAAUUAUUCCUAGAUCCGUCGUAUGUUCACAGCAGUGGCUACACUUGCACAGCCUGUUUUGUCAAAUAGCUUUCUCUUCAUCCUUCGGAUAGGAAUAACAGUUUGCACUAGCUAAAAGCACCUAUACUCGUUUUCACCUCAAGCUCCGCAGUAAAAAAUGUUUGGCUCCUUCUAGAGCAUUACUAAUACUCUCCUUCAUGUGGAGAUUUAGGAUAUACAUACAGUAGAACCUCCUUGAUUCGUUUUUCAGGGGACCGCAGAAAAAAAAAAGUAUCAUCUGGGAAAACAUAACCGAUAACGCACUUAGGGGGGCUCUACAUGAGAUAGAAAGCAGCUCUUAUACAGUGGUUUAUUUUAUCUGUACUUACAGAACUGUUGAGAGUUCAGACAUGUUCACAAAAGUGCGUAAUAUCCGCCUGCCGCCUUGAAUUCAUGUUCAGCAGUAAAAGUCGUUUCUCCAGAGCCGCAGUCCUCUCUCACUCUCCACGCAGUCGUGAAUAUUUACGUAGCAGCGCAAGGUGUCCUUUGCAAUGAUCGCGUCCGCAUACUUGGGCACAGCGUAGGUAAUCGUUCGUUUCUUGCUCGACAUCUUUAUCACUUUCUUCAAUGUCGGCAGUAGUGAGGUCGGCCGCGAUGUUUGCUAUGCUCUGCGGUUUAGAGGUAACGCCUCGAUCUCCUUUCAAAGUUGACAGCGCGAGUCCGAGGUUUCUUGCGAUGUCAGAUCUCUUUCGGCUGGGAUUGCGAUCCACUGUCUGAAUUAUAUCAAACUUCUCUUUAAAAGAGAGUGCCUUCCUUUUUCGCGAUGCCACGACCGUCGUCAAUGGGCGCAAAGCGCACAUACUCCGAAACACCACGGUCCACGCAAUUCAGCGGAACAGAAACUAGAUGUGCAGCGUGCAUGCGGGCAAACCUUGUGCCAGAGAAAGAGGACAGGUGAAAGAGAGAGCAAGAGAGAAUGAGCGUUCGAAGCCUCGCUCCCCAUUCGAGCAGUGCUCCAAGGUCACACCCGGGCAAGAUAGGAAGCUGUGGCAAAGCUCAGUAAAGCCCAGCGAGGAGACAGAGAGACGAAAAAGAGGACAAAAGCAGUCAAGGGACGACGGGCAUCUGCGUUUCCACGCAUGCCGUGCAACCCGCACUGCACGGUUCAGCUUUGCUUAGCUUCGAAGCCAGCGCUGACACUUUUGGACGUAACAACCGGGAAAGCAAACGUAAUAGGCAGGAAAUUAGUACAGUGUAGACCGCAUAUAACGUAUGUCGCGGGAGUCGCGAAAAUCCACACUAUAAGCGGUACCGCGCUAUAACCAAAACAUCAAUUUUUCAGGCCAAAAUACAUGCCAUGAGACAACUUACCUACCUUUGUAAAACAAUUUAUUUUAUAUUAGAUGAAAAAUGAAGCUUAGUUUGAGGAAAGUAUUUAUUUCACCAGACUAGUACACUCCUCUCUCAAGUGUGUCACAGAUUUUGAAGGAAAUAGCGACUUAUGCCUGGCGCAGCCUGUUAACGGCGUCGCGGGUUGUGGACGGACAUUGCGAGCGUUCAGGAUUGCUAACCGUAAUCACUUUUUUCCCGUGAUGAAAACGCGUGAAAAUUCGCAUCUUUAUACAGUACGCGCCAGUAAUACCUUUAACUUGAUCACGGGCAUGAAAUGCUCCAAAUAAGUAAUCCGGCCGAUGUUCGAAAACACAAAUGCUUAGAAAGCACCACUGUAGUCGAAGUAAACAAACACGACGGCACGGGCGUUUCUGCAGUCUUGAGAUUGCCGCCACGACAUCGCCGCACGAGUAGGUGGAUCUUCCCUUCUAGUACGUGCUGGGUUAUCAUAGCGACACACAACGAAAAUUCACAGUCAAGGAUAGCGCUUUUAUGCGGAACGAUGAACUUCCACCACGCCGUCUACGUCGACGAUCACCACCGACGCCAUGUUUGCGGAUAGAAGAAGUCUGCCCGCGACCGGCAUACAACGUGCGCGAACACUUCUCGACCUGCGAUUGGUCUGUCGUUGCGGGUGUUUUCAACGGCGCUGUUGCAACGCCUUGCGCCGUGAACGACACGUGCGUGCGUCCCUCCGUCGCUAUGGCAACUGAAGCCUCUCGCUUCGCUUCUUCGAGCAACCUCCUUGCCCUGCGAGUGCCGCUGUUAUCUAGUGUCGCACAGGGAAGCGUGCUCUCUGCGCCAGUCGGUCGCCGCCUAUAUGGUCGCCGCGGUCGGCGGGCUGUUCCAGAAACCGCACUAUAACCAGUAUUUACCUUCGCGCGCCUGUAUUUUAAGUGGUGUGUAAUUACAUGGAGUUCUAUCGGAGGUGAACCGGUGGUUUAAAAAAGCCGCGUUAUACCCGGUCCUGCACUAUAAGCGGUUACGUUGUAAGUGGUCUAUACUCUACAUGUAUCUCUAUAAAAGUAAAACGGGACCGGCGUUUUUAAACGUAACAGCCGGGAAAACGUAUCAGCCAAGAAUGCAUCAACGAGGUUCUACCGUAGGUGCAUUUUAGGUUUGAUAAAUGCCAUCUUAUCAAGACGUGCAAGUUUUAAGCACCAAAGGCGUCGCUCCUUCCUCCGACAACCAAAUUGCGUGAGAACUGCUUUGCGGCGUAUGAACAGUGUGCAAAACUUCCUUUUUUCUUGAGGUGAAAAUGAGUAUAGACAGCUCCAGUGAGACUGGAUAUACAGCAGCUUCAUGCUUUAUUACUUGGCUGUAGCUGGACCACCUAGCAUGAGUGAAAAUAAUUUUAAAAUAUUGCAUUCCGUAAUCAGAAUUACGAACAACCUUAUAUCACAGUUUCUCAGUCUUGGGUGAAGAAAUAAUUUUAUAGUUUAAAGAGAAAUUGGUAUUUGCAUGAAAUGCAUUUUAAGAACUGAUGCUAUGACUUUUUGAAGUCUGGUAACCGUUCCAUGUCAUGUUUUAGUCUGCAGCAUUUUUAGAAGUUUUCUUUCUGUGAUCAAGUGACUUUUACCACUUGUUUUCUUAACCCUUUGGGUGCCGCGCCCAAGUAUACUCGUUUGUGGUUUUCAAUUUACUCCUUGCCUCUCCUGGGUGAACUCAGGCUGACAAUAUUCUUCUGAGUAGGAAGCGCCAUCUAUGGACAACUAUUUGAAUCAAUGUUUUGAGUGGUGGUUUCACCUUUUGACGGCAGGUGGAUAUUUUUGUAAAGGCGACUCCUGUAUGGCGUUUCCGCGUCAACGUUCUUUUCCAAUGGCAAACGCACGUGCUUCGACUUCGCGCUCCUUGACGGAUCUUGAAAUGCAGGAACUUCUAAUGAAUUCAGAACCUGAUGACAGUGAAACCGAGUGUACUUUGGAGAGUGACGAAAGUGACGACUAAUCAAUGCCACCUGAAAGGCCACUCAAAAAGAAAGAACUCAACGACACUGACUACAAGUGGACUACAGGUGACUUCACUCCCAUUCUUCACAGUUUUGACUCUUCAUCUUCCGGAGUCCAUACUUCAAGAAAACAGCAGCCAAGCACAAGACCAAGAAAAGGACGCCCUUCUGAUGGAGAUGAUCCAACGCGUCUUACAGCACGACAUUUUAUGUCAGUGACUGCCGCAAAAACAAACCCCACAAGAGUAUGCCAUGUGUGCGCCCAGAGCAAGACUCGCCAAACGAAGCGCAAAGAAUCACGCUACAUGUGUUCAGUGUGCGAGGUGCCACUUUGCGUUGUACCGUGCUUUGAAGAGUAUCACACAAAAAAAGUUUUCUAAAUUGAAGACAUUAAGAGGUUACGGAACAUUGUUAAGAUUAAAAGAAACAUAUUCUUUAAUUAAACAUACACAUUGAAGCAUGUAAACGUGUUAUUACGCCCAAAAUAAGUUUGUUCAUACAGUGAAAAAAAAUACCCGGCAGAGGGGACCACCGGGCUGAAAAAAAUACGGCACUUAAAGGGUUAAGAAGUGGACAAUAAAAUUAUAGCCAGAUUUGCAUAGACAUGAAAAACAUGUCUAUACAUGUCUUGUCUACAUCUUCCUUGUCUUUGUUAUCUGUACACCGUUUUUGGCUGUAUCGUAAACCAAUUGCCGUCAUUGCGAUUUUAAUUCAUGAAGCCAGAUAUCGAAAAUAAGCCGACAAGAUUUUAUGUGUGCACAAACUUUGGUUGUGUUGGGAUGCGAGAUUGCUGCAGCAUUUCCAAUUCGGUGAGCUUGCGGAACAUUGCAUUUCUCGUCGAUGCACUUCACCCAUGCUUAAAGCAACCGUGGCGUCGCAAACGCAGGAAGAGGGAGGAAGGGAGGCUUCAGCGAGAUGUGUCGCACAUUUCUGAAGUGUUGCGCGCAACUUUUCAGAGUUUUGUUGCGGUUCGUUGGAGCAAGAUUUGAAUUGCACACAAUAUAUUUAUUUGCACUAACACCCAGCAAGCUGGCCAUGACAGCUGCCAAUCAGUCAUUGUUCUAAACAUGAGUUCCGGUGGCGAGUGCUUCUCUGGGGUAUUUUCCUCAAUGUGACGACAACGUGACUUUGCAUUGCAAGGAAUAGUGUAGCCACCGAAUUUCUAUUGAUCCCCCCCCCUCCACUUCUGCACUUCUGGUCAUGCAUCCUUUAAGUUCUCCAUCUAGGGGCCACCAUUUCUGUCCGCACUUAUUGUUAUAGAAAAUCUACCAAUUUUCUGUAUUUGUGAGCAGUAGGAUUUGCUUCAAGGGCUUGAACCGAAACCGUUUCCGAAGACCGAUUCAAACUGUAAAUGGGGAGGACAACUCUGGAACCAUGAAUUAGACAAGCUCAUUGCAUUGUGUUGGUGGUUCUUUUGCUUUUGCUGUAGUACAGCGUGGUAGAUUUGGGAUGGCACCAGAUCCUGCUGUGGAAGUUCUGCAAUUCGCCCUUAUGACAGCUGCAGAACAGGCUUGCACACCAAGCUGAGCACAUCUAUGGGUGAUUGAGAUUCAUUUUUAUUAGCAAGUAGCAGUAGUCGGCCUAAAGCACACUGCCAUUACUGCCGCUGUGUUUUUUUGUCAAUGUCGUUCUGUCCAUCCCUGCGCUUAUACUUUUGGCAGUGUAUCGUCCUGUUUGUUACGAAACCAUGGUCAUUUAUAGCUAGCUUGAUGCACCAGCAUGUGAUUCUCAAAGAGGCUCCGGAGAUGGUGAUUUCUUGGUUCCAAUAUUAUCAAUAUGCAUUUGGUGAUGGUUACAUGUUGAGAGAUGCAUUGAAAAUGAGUCUUCAUUGAGUUCAUAUUGCCAGUGUGAAUAAACUCGGUAUUGGAUAUAA